AUGGGAUUAUCCUUCGAAUCAUUCAGAAUUCAUAUAUUUACGAUUUGUUUUAUUGCUGUAGCCACUGUUACAUGUAUAAUCUGGAUCGUUUAUAAAAAAGCAAGAGCAAUUCACCCAUUUAUACUCAAAAUUCGUGGAAUUCUUUUCUUAUACAAUCCAGCAGUUUACUAUUAUCUUCCUUCGAUGUUUAUCGGCUAUCAAAUUGCAUUAUUCCAAACAGAUGACAUAUCUUUUUCAAAAAUUGCUUUAAUUUUACUAGAAAUCAUUGUAAUUGCUUUGGCUACAUGGUUUACGUUCUCAUUAUCCCCACUUCUCUUUCAAAAUCCUCUUUUUUCAAAAGCUCAUCUUCCUACAACUCUUUUUCCAAAUUAUAAUUGCGUUUACCACUUUUUGGCGGAUAUAGUCUACGUAAUACAAGUUUUUAACAUUACUUCUAAGAUUGUUCAAACUCUUGUUUCAGUUAUUUAUUUUAUUUAUGCAAUUCAACACGCAGUUCGACUCUACAGGCUCCCCUACUUAUCGCACUUCCUAUCAGCAGUUUCUAUCGCUAUCGACAUCAGCCACGCGGUCAUUACUCCUUGCGCAAUUUGGUUUUCAAAUGUUCAAUGCCAAACAAUAUUUUUCCUUAUAUCGGCUGGUUCUCUGAUCUUAUUAAUAGCCAUAUUCUACUGGAUUUUGGAGUACAGAGGAAAGAAAUUGGUCAAAGACCUCGAAUCUCUAGAACAACUCAAAAUUGACAAAGACAAAACAAUUCUUUACGUACAGGAAGCACUUUUAGAGUGUAAAAUUACGAAAAAUUUGUUAAAUCAAAUUGACCCAAUAUUUGAAGGGUCAACAAGGCUCGAAGUGCUUGCCAUUCAUCAAUAUCUUAAAUGUAUAUACGCAGACGACCCUCAAACCUUACAAAACAUCAAGAGAACAAUUUUAUCUUUACAUAUGUUCAAACAAUUACCAACAAUUCAGUCGUUUUUCUUGUUCGAACUUCUCCAUUCCGUAUGUAAACUCGAACGCGAUACGAUUCUCUCUCCAGAAAACGAUCUAAUGAAAAAAUACCAAACAUAUGAAAUGGAAGCCGAGAGAUUUUGGGACAGUAUGAUCAGAGGCAAGCUCAAACCAGCCAUGUCAGCACUUCUAGAGCUCAACCGCCAGAUUGCGGACUUUUCCGAAGUAUUUCGAUCUUAUAACUGCUUAUAUCCUAACAACGACAUGGUUCUGAAGCUCAAACAGGACUUCGCGUACAACGUCAUACCAGCCUGCACAACAAUAAGCGAUACAAAGAUAGAUUUACCGAUGACUCAUCUCCAAAUAAGAUAUGCGCAGUUUGUUGGGCUUAGAGUUGACAAACUCGCACGUCUUUUCUUCGGAGACGACGAAGUAGAGAAGUCUGUCAUCAAAGCAACGCAAAUUGAGAUGAAUAUCAAAUCAAAUAUCGCAAAACACGUAAUGAAACCGUUAAAUAACCGUUCCAAAGCGAUAUUUUGGAUCCAAUGUUUCGUUGUUGUUGCUUUUAUCCCGAUUUGUUCGGUCUAUCCCUUUUUUGUGUUGAAAAGAACGCGAGAUAUCUCAAAAUUCCGGAAUUUCUCAUCAGAAAUAAGCAAAGUAGCUUCGGAGUGGGUGUUUAUAUCAAUUACGAUAUGCCAAACGUUGAAUCAGAGCGUAUAUGAUCUUGUAACUGAAGAAUCUUUGUUGGAAUCGAUAAAACAUAACACGUCGUCGAUUGUUACCAUCCAGACAUUAUUCUCGCAACUCAAUGAUACGCUAAAUGACUUUAUUGUGCAGAUGAGAUUAUUAUUUAUCCAAAAUUCGUACUUUUCUGAGGCUCCUCCGCUUUCUAACAUCAGACAGAUAUUCUUGGAUGAUAAGGUAAACUAUUUCCCGUACGCUGAUAACAUAACUGAGUCUUUGGACAAAGGAUUUCAAGUAAAAGCGUUAUUACUCUUUUACUUCACGUAUGUCAGUAAUUUUAUCGAUGAUCUCAAUGCUUCCGACCCUUACAACUCAACAAUCGCGGAGCAUAUCAGAGAAAGAGCGUAUAAAUUCUCGAAUAUUACUCUAAAUAUCAUGAAUUUAGUCGCAAAAACAUUCGGUUACAUAGAUGAAUACGUGCAUGGUUACAUAGGUGUCCAAUCCGUAUCAAACGUCUUAAUAUAUAUCCUUGUUGCCAUUAUUGUCCUCUUUAUUGCAGCAGAGCCAUUCACUGUCUACUUUUUCAGAAAAAGUGUCAUGUCAGAAAUUUCGGAAGACCUGAAAAAAUAUUUUAGACUUCAUACUCAGAGCCCUGAUGAUACUAAAGAUGAAGAAUACGUCGAAGAAAUUGAAGAAUUUCCAAUUUCAACAUUAAUCCCUAAAACAAGCCCAAGUUUAGGUGUAAUGAUCGGAUAUGCAUUCUUCAACAUGUUACUGUGGGCAUUUACAUAUAAAUCUUACUACGAAAUCUCUUCUUUGCUGAAUACUGUCAAUAGUAUCGAAAAACUUGACAUAGAUUCGGCCAUUUCUUUGAAUUCCGUGCUCGCUGCAUACCAAUUUGCAAACACAACAAGCGAUUUCUCAUCAAUUACGAUAGAUAAUAUGUUGACUUUGUAUAAUGAUGUUUUUAACUACAUAAAGGACAGUAACGAGACAAGUGUUCCAUUGUACGAGAUACUUAAUGCAACCAGAUCGAACCAAAUCGAGUCAGAAGAGUUUGAUAGCCUUCAUGAAUUUUAUCAUCAGAUCAGUUUCGAGCAAUUAUACCUUUUAAUAGGAUAUUUGACCGGUACUCUUGCUAAAAAUGUCACCGAUGGCCUCGGAUCCCCUUACAUUCACUCAUUUCAUAUCAAUUUCCAGACUUUGAGGCCGAUUAAAUCAAAUUUAACAUAUCUAUACAACAGCUACUUGACUGAAGAGAUCGCCCACCUUGGUUUCCUUUGCGGAAUGGACGUUUUAGUAUAUGUCAUGGCAUCAAUUCUCAUGUUUGCCUUGUUUUGGCGCAGAUACCUCGAUGCCGAUGACAUGAAAGUCCAGCUUGGCCGGCUAAUUAUGGAUUUAGACCCAAUUUUCAUUGCACAAAACCAAUGUUUAGUAGAAUUCAUAGUUGGCAGCAAAUCUGGAGUACUUCCAUGGAUGAAAGGAUCUCCAAUCUUUGAGAUUUUGAACUCUACUGACACUCCUCUUCUGAUUAUCAACGAUCAUCUCUCAAUUAUGGCCUUUACAAGCGUAAUUGCAGAGAUGUUCAACUACAGACCGGAGCAGAUCAUCGGCCAGCACUACACAAUGCUGUUUACUAUCAAGGGAGAGGCUCCAUCAAAAUCUCAAGAGUCAUUUUUCUCCAGAAUCAACGAUAUUUUAUCACAGAAGAGCGGCUGCACCUCAAAGAUACUGUCCGGAAUCACUUCCGAUGGAAAUUACCUCAAAGUUGACGUCAGAGCUUCGGUCAUAACAUUUGAUGAGCACCAUUACAUCUUUUUCGAGCUGAAAUCGCUAGAAGUAUCAUCAUUCUACGACGAUGCAACGACGUUAUGCCAGAAUACCAUUAAAGAUAUGAUCGAAACUUCAAUUCCACUCAAAUUGUUCCCUCCGAUCGAGAACGGCAAAGGAUAUUUAUCGAGGAAGUUCUUCGGAGGCACUUUGGUCUAUUGCGCCAUGGAAAACAACGAUAUAAUGCGACCAAUCAACGAAAUGGAAGAAAAGAUGAACCAAAGAUUAACACAAUUAUACAGAGGAGACGAUGAUUGCCUUGUUCUUGCAGCAACAAUUAGUUAUUCCUUACUUUUAUUUACGAAUACAGAUAAUACGAGAGUUCAUCGAGCAAGAGCACUCCAAUACAUCAAAGAUUACUCUGUAGUAGACGCUGGUUCAGAUACUAAGCAAGUUUCCGUGAUGUUAGACGUAGAUCAGUAUUUCGAAGCCGUUCAGUUCCUCCCUCCAUCAGUUCCGGCCAAAUACAAUGGAAAAGAGAUCUCCGCUAAGGAAUCCAACAAUUUCUCCCCUCAAAUGACAACAGACCCCUUCCUGGACAAGUUAGGGACAAUGGGGGCCAUGUUAUCGAUUCUGAGGCCAAACAUGGUCAUAAUGCAAGCGUACAUGGCCGAACACUUGGAAAAGUCCUGCAAACUUAUGCCUGUGACUUUGGUCAACAACAACGAGAAGUUCGUAGGUAUAGCAAUUGACGAGCUGCCUGAUGCAUCAGUUAUGCUUGAAGAACUCAAACAUGACAACAAUAAUUAA